CUCCAGCGCUCGAGGCAACGCACGAGCGCAUUUUUUGUAACCGGCGUUUCUGUUCAAAUGUGGAACCUGGAGUCGAGAAAUAUGACCACGGAGUGAACCGGGGGAGUGUGUGCGUCGAGAGAGAGAGUGAGAGUGUGUGUGUGAGAGAGAGAGAAAGAGAGAGAGAGAGGGAGAGAAAGCGCUCGUGGCCAUACUGACUGCGCCUCGCACACAACCAAGUCGCGAGCUCAUCUUUGAGAGCGCGCGAUAAAUUACCCCCUCUCUCUCUUUUUAAUAAUAAAAAAAAUUUAACUCUUUAAAGCUUUAACGCAUUAGUUGAUUUAUUUAGUUGUUCUAGGCGUUUGAUAGAAAUUAGAAUGAAGACAAAAACCAGGGAUCAAAGCUUGUCCGACUCCAGAGAACUCGAUGGAUCUUACGACCAGCUCACUGGUAACACACCCAGCCAAAGCAAAAAAAGUAUUAAACAGCGGUUCCUCCAGCUGCUGCCUUGCUGUGGGCCCACUGCCACUCCCUCAGUCAGUCAAUACAGCAUCGAGGAUGACUUUGAACUCGCCACUGUGUGUCAUCGACCCGAGGGUCUGGAGAAACUGCAGGAGCAAACCAAGUUCACCAAAAAAGAGCUACAAGUGCUCUACAGGGGCUUUAAAAAUGAAUGUCCCAGUGGUGUAGUGAAUGAGGAAACCUUUAAAGUUAUCUACUCCCAGUUCUUCCCACAAGGAGAUUCAAGUAUGUAUGCACAUUUCCUUUUUGAGGCAUUUGACACUAACAAGAAUGGCUCGGUUAGUUUUGAGGACUUUGUCAUCGGCUUGUCCAUCAUCCUCAGGGGGACAAUAAUUGAUCGACUCAACUGGGCGUUCAACCUCUAUGAUCUCAAUAAAGAUGGGUGUAUCACUAAAGAGGAAAUGUUAGACAUCAUGAAGUCAAUCUAUGACAUGAUGGGGAAAUAUACGUAUCCCUGCAUCCAAGAGGACGCUCCCAGAGAACAUGUCGAGAACUUCUUUCAGAAAAUGGACCGUAACAAUGAUGGAGUCGUCACCAUUGAUGAGUUCAUUGAGUCAUGCCAAAAGGACGAGAACAUCAUGCAGUCCAUGCAGCUGUUUGACAACGUCAUUUAGAGCCCCGCUCAGGUGGAGAGGAACGUACGAGAGCCCGAAAGAAGUGACCAGGAACUUCAAACUGGUGAACCAGAAGCUACUUCCUCCUCCACAUUUCCUCUUCACCCAGGCAGAGGACCGGCAUCAUUCUGUUCAUUUCUUUCUCCCAGAGACAUAGUGGAAGACGACACACCAGGGCUGGCUCUAGGAUCCACUUGUUUUUCUUACAUACCUGAAAGCAUUAAAAACACAUCAGCUGGACUCGAGAUGAAGCCAGCUUGACACAUUUCACAUGAAACUCAGAGGACCACAAAAUGAAGAUAGAAGUAAACGGACAUGGCCGACCAACAUCUAAUUAGAAGUUAUGGUCGAUUAUGUUUUGUUUUUUUUCUUUUCAAGAAAUGACUGAUUUUUCUUACCGCAUGAUGUCAAGUAACCUAUACUAUGUAAUGUUCCUAUUUACCGAGCUAGUCCAAAGCUUGUCUGUUGUCAAAUGGCCAUCCACAUGUGCCUCGCUCAGACUAAGUGCUGUCGUGUGCGCCAUUCGAGUUCCUCCAUCCAGCAGCCAGUAGAAAUAGAAACAGUCUAUGCCUGUACAUUCCAGACGAGUCUGUAGGAAAGGUGACUCCUUGGCCUUGAAGUCCUUAGCGUAUAGCAGUUCUGU